AUGGACAUCAACAGACUGAGGCUUUCCCGAGUCACUACGAAGCUGUUAUUUCCAUCUAUCAAACGCCCUUUAAUCACGUCCACCUCACAGGACCAUAUUCAGAAUUUGAAUAGCCGACAAAAGCCGCCGAAGGAAAUGCCUCAACCUUUGCGAGAAUCAGAGAGCGGGAAGAAGACGGCAUUGAGGGAACCCAGGAAAGAACAGUGGAUUCAUGAGGGGAAUGGUGUCGUUGAUGAUCAGAUCAAUUUCGUGAAGUGGGUUAGUUCUAUUCUUUCGAAAGAACGUCUGGAUAUGUCAAAAUGUAGAGAUUUGUUGAUGUCGAACCGUUUGAGUCCUCUGCAAUUUGAGGGUGUUUUUGACAGCAUUCAUCAUUCUGUCAACCCUUUUACUGCUUUGAGGUUUUUCUAUUUUGCUUCGAAUUCUUUUGGUUUCAGCUUUACGGUUAGAUCCUACUGCAUUUUGAUUCGCUUGCUUCUUCUGUCCAAUCAUGAUGCGGCUGCUCGGUUGCUUUUGAUAAAGCUGAUAGAUGGUAAAUUUAGUACUCUUGGAGGUAGCUUGAACAGUAAUGAUAAUGGUUCUAGUGUUCAGCAUUUGGAGCUUGCGGCUGUAUUUACUGAUUUAAAUUUGGCAUCGCACAAUUCUGACCUUAGUGUUAGGUUAUGUGACUUGCUGGUGCAUGUUUAUGCUUCUCAAUUUAAGAGUGCGGGGGGCUUGAAUGCAUCUUUGGAUUUGCUGCGCGUUUUGGCUGAGAAGGGGCUGUUCCCCUCUCUGAGAACUUGUGUUUUUUUGUUAAGUUCCCUUGCCAAGGCAUAUGAAUUUCAGAAGACAUGUGAGGCAUUUGAUAUAUUAUGCCGAAAUUUUGUUCCUGAUGUUUACAUGUUUAGCAUCACCAUCAAUGCAUCUUGUAAACAAAGAAAAAUCGAGGAUGCAAUGAGGUUGUUUAGGAAAAUGGAAGCUUCAAGCGUUCCUCCAAAUGUUGUUAUAUAUAAUAAUCUUAUUCAGGGUUUGUGUGAGACUGGCAAGAUAAGAGAGGCUUUUGAAUUUAGGGAGAAAAUGGUUAACAAUGGUGUUCCACCUAGUCUGCUUACAUACAGUAUACUAAUUAAUGCUCUGGUAAAUGCUCAGAAAUUAGAUGGAGCUUGUUUUCUUCUGAAAGAAAUGAUUGACAAAGGGUUGAUUCCGAAUGAGAUAGUUUAUAACACUCUGAUUAAAGGUUACUGCAAAGUAGGAGAUAUGCACUCAGCAUUAAAGUUAAAGGAGGCUAUGUUAUGUCAUGGUCUGGCUCCUAAUUCAGUUACACUUGCUUCUCUUGUUAUGGGCUUGUGCUUAUCUAAGCAAAUUGAUCUUGCUGUGCAGCUUGUAGAUGAUAAAUUAUUUGAAGGAUUGUCCUUGAGUGCUGGUGCACUCACUUCCUUGAUUCAUGAGUUAUGCAGAGAGUCAAAGUUUCAAGCUGCUUUGCGAUUCACAAGGGAAAUGAUAUUGAGAGGUUUACGGCCAAAUGACCCAUUACUUACUAAAUUAAUUGAGGGUCUUUGUGAGGAUGAGAAACACUCAGAUGCAAUGGAGCUUUUGUUCUUGCUGUUAAGGAAAGAAGUGACUCCCAAUGUAAUAACCUUAAAUGCUCUUAUUCAUGGGCUGUGUGAAGCAGGACAGAUGCAGGAUGCUCUUUUGGUUCUAAAAGAAAUUUUGAGUAGAAAGUUUCAACUGGAUAGAAUUACAUUUAACUCACUGAUAUAUGGGUGUUGCAAAGUUGGGGAUGUGGAUCAGGGCUUUCAGUUAAGAGAAGAAAUGGUUAAGUUCGGGAUUUCACCAGAUAUUGUAACGUACAAUUUGCUGAUUCAUGGACUUUGUAACAAGGGAAAGAUUAGUGAUGCUUUGAAUCUUUGGAGUGAAAGUGAGAAGAAUGGCCUUGUUCCUGAUGUCUAUACUUAUGCCAUCAUGAUACAUGGGCUCUGCAAAUCUGAAAAACUUGAAGAGGCUAGGAUUUUAUUCAAUGACUUCCGACGAAAUAAUGAGUUGAAUUCCAUUAUAUACAAUAUAAUCAUUGGAGGCUGUUGUAGAAACGGCAACAUGACAGAAGCAAUUGAACUAAAGGAAGAAAUGAGAAGCAAAGGAAUUCUGCCGACACAUAAGACCUACACCUCUCUUAUACAUGGAAUGUGCACUAUCAGUUGCAUGGAGGAUGCUAGAUGCCUUUUUGAGGAAAUGAGAGCAGAACAUUUGCAGCCUAAUGUUGUUUGUUAUACUGCAUUAAUUUGCGGUUACUGUAAGCUAGGCCAGAUGAAGGAAGCUAGGAAACUGAUGCAAGAAAUGUUCUUUCAGGGUGUACACCCUAAUGAGAUAACUUACACGGUGAUGAUUGAAGGGUAUUUUAGACUAGGUCAUGAGAAGGGGGCAAAUGCACUCCUUGCUGACAUGAUGAAAAAAGCAAUAACGCUAGAUUAUGUCAUUUAUAGUAUACUGACAAGUAGGUUCUGCAAACAAGGAAAAAUUGUAGACGCCUUGAAUGUGUGCGAUGAAAUGGUGCAACAUGAGUUAACAGUGGAUGAUUAUGUAUAUGGUUCCUUGAUUGGCCAAUUGCAUCAACCUUCAGCAGUUAAAAGAGGCUGA